UCCCCUAGUCACUUUGCUCGGCGCUGGGACACAUAUAACGACUUGUCGCGUGUGCAAUCUGUACUACCUCAUAACUGUCUUUAGCUCUUCAGAUUCUACCGAUCGGAAUCGAGGUCGAACCCAAGAUUCAAACUACAACCAUGGCUGCACCAGCUGUUUUCCUCUCGCCUCCCGCGGCCAAUCUCUUCAGAUUCCCGCCUCAUUCGGCGCCGGAAACCAUACCUCCUCCGCAGUUUGAUCAACCUUUCAACAUACCGGAUAGUUUAUAUGUCAGCGCUUUGGACCCCAAAGUCCCAAUUACGAUCGCAACCAUUUAUGCAAUCACUGCUAAGGUGUUGAAUGCUUACAACAAGUCCACCGGCAAGAAACCUUGGGCUAUCAGUAAAACUAAGGCCUUCCACUUCUUCGUUGUCCUGCAUAAUGUCUUCCUUGCCGUCUAUUCAGCAUGGACUUGGAUUGGCAUGUUCCACGCUCUUCGUAACACGGUCGUGAGUCCGGCUGGACCUAAUGGUUGGGCUGGUACUGUUGACAGUCUCUGCAAGUUUCACGGGCCUACUGGUCUAGGCAAUGCGCUCAACUACAACCAGAACCAACGAGUGUGGGAAUCAGUAUCUGGAGCCAAUGUUCUGGCAGCUGGAAGUUUCCCCAGCCGGGCUGAAACUGGACGACUUUGGAAUGAGGGUCUAGCAUUCUAUGGCUGGCUCUUCUACAUUAGCAAGUUUUAUGAAGUUAUCGACACACUCAUUAUCCUCGCCAAGGGCAAGCUGAGCUCCACUCUUCAGACCUAUCACCAUGCAGGUGCCAUGAUGGCUAUGUGGGCGGGUAUGCGCUACAUGUCGACUCCUAUUUGGAUCUUCGUGUGCUUCAACUCGGCUAUCCAUGCUCUAAUGUACACUUAUUACACAGUGACCGCUUUCAACAUCCGUGUACCUACACUGGUAAAGCGCUCGCUUACUUCUCUUCAAAUUUCUCAAUUCGUCAUUGGCGCAUCUGCUGCCAUAAUUCACUCCUUCAUCUCGUACUCGGUUCCGGUCCAGGUCAAGGUUGCCACUUCUGAGGCUACUGUUGUCGCAUCUAGCAUCGCCGCUGCUGCAACUGCUACUCCUAGCUCUGAUAGCUUCCUCGAUAGCCUCAAGCAAACACUGUUCGGCACUGCUGAAGCCGUGGGAGCUGCUGCUGUGGUAGCCGACUCCGCAGACCCAACUGCUAGUUACGUGACUCGAUACCAGAAAGUCGACUGUAUUACGACGACAGGCGCUACUUUCGCUAUCUGGCUCAACGUCUUUUAUUUGCUUCCCCUGACCUAUCUAUUUACGUCUUUCUUCGUUGCAAGCUAUCUCCGCCGCAGCAAGGCAGAAGUCGUACGUGCUAAGGUCAACCCUGACCGACGUCUUAGCAACGUUAUGUUAGCGGAGAAGGCUAGCUGGGACGCCGCGAAAGGUCUUGAACGCGAAGUGUACGGGGAAAGUAAUGAAGGUGCGAUUGUCGAAGAUAGCGACGACUCGACCAGCAACGACAAGUUACAUCCAUCAUCUGCUGCCCGAGUCAACGGGGUCAAUGGAAAGACCAACGGGAGGCUCAACGGAAAGACGAGUGGGGUAGCAAACGGCAAGCAUUAUUAGGGUAGACCUAAAACAUCUACGUAUUAGACGUGGAAAGAACCAGCGAAAUUCGAAUUAAUGGGAAUUACUAACAUAGGUACGUGA